UCCAACCCCUCCAUUUCAAACUUUGGAAAUCGCAGGCAUUCUCCAGCUAGAGCAUAUCACCAAAAGAGAAGAUCUAGUAAAAGAGGCAGCAAAAAACCAGUCAAAUCCGCAGAUUAUGGGGAAAGAUCUGAGCGAAGAUCAGGUUUCCUCAAUGAAGGAGGCCUUCACGCUGUUCGACACCGACGGCGACGGCAAGAUUGCCCCGUCGGAGCUCGGAAUCCUGAUGCGGUCGCUCGGCGGAAACCCUACGCAGGCGCAGCUGAAGUCGAUCAUCGCCGAGGAGAAGCUCUCCGCGCCGUUCGACUUCCCUCGCUUCCUCGGCCUCAUGUCGAAGCAUUUGAAGCCGGAGCCGUUCGAUCGCCAGCUGCGCGACGCAUUCAAGGUGAUCGACAAGGACGGGACCGGAUGCGUCGUCGUUUCGGAUCUCAGGCACAUCCUGACCAGCAUCGGGGAGAAAUUGGAGCCUGCGGAGUUCGACGAGUGGAUCCGAGAGGUGGAUAUCGGAUCCGAUGGCAAGAUCCGGUACGAGGACUUCAUUGCGCGCAUGGUAGCUAAGUGAGGAGGCGAUAUUCGAGGCCACUGAGGUGAUUGACAUUCCGGUUGUGCUGGGCCUUGUCUCGAAAGCAGGAAGCUGUGUGUGUGUGUUUGUGUCUGUCUUUAUAACUUAACUCUCGUGUUGUCCUAGUUCGUCUAAGUUGGCAUAAUUUGACUUGAAUGUGUGUUAAACAUCUUGACAUUCGGGCUAUAUGGACUAUUUCAAGUGUUUGCUGAUGAAUCUGUGAAUAGUGGAUUAGCUUCUGAAUCUUGGUAUCA